AUGGAUGGUACAAUAGGCUCCAAAGCUCUCGUCAAGAAGACCGAACUCGUAAGGGUAAUCACAGAUACACUCAUCUCCCUUGGCUUCAACAACAUCGCUACCGAUUUAGAGAACCUCUCCGGCGUUAAUCUCCUCGACCCUCUUAUCAAGAACUUUCUCAACCUAGCAAAGAACAAAGAAUGGAACAACUGCAUCAAACUACUAGAGGAGGAAGAGGGUUUACAAGUGCGUGAUCAUAACACUGCGAGAUUCUUGCUACUAGAGCAAAACUUUCUCAACUUUCUCAAAGAUGACAACCUUGACGAGGCACUGCAUACUUUACAGGAAGAGAUGACUCCUCUUGGUGUUGAAGAAAGCCGCCUUGUGAUGCUUUCAUCCAAACUUGUGUUUCAAGAUCAUUCUGGUGAUGAUAAUGCAGAGGAGGUUGUAAGGAAGCUGAAAAAAGUGUUUCUUCCUGGAGUUAUAGUGCCUGAAGGGAGGUUGGUUCAUCUCUUGGAAGAGUCACUUGAUCUUCAGAGGAGUAAAUGUGGUUUCCAUAAUGUUCCUGAUAGUGAUUUGUCCCUAUGCUUUGAUCAUCAUUGUGCAAAAUCAAAAAUUCCUUCCAGGACUGUUCAGGUAUUGGUGGGACAUGCUGAUGAGGUCUGGUUCUUGAAAUUCUCACAUAAUGGCGAAUACUUGGCGUCUUCUUCUAGGGAUAAGUCAGCAAUUAUAUGGGAGACCAAUGCAGAAGGGCGUUUUGUGAUAAAACAUAGACUUGUGGGCCACGAGAAGCCAGUUGUAAUAGUGUUAUGGAGUCCAGAUGAUAAACAAGUCAUUACAUGUGGAGAAAACGAAGUCAUCAAGCGAUGGGAUGUUGUUUCAGGACAAUGUGUUCAAACCUAUGAGAGAGUUGGUGUUGGUUCCUUUUCUUGUGGUUGGCUUCAUGACGGUUCAGGUAUAAUUGGAGCAAUGGCAGACAAAAGGAUCUACUUGUGGAAUUUAGAUGGGAGUGAGGUAGAGCAUGAGCAAGGACAAAGGGCACAGAAGAUCUCUGAUGUAGUUAUGACAAGUGAUGGUAAGUGGAUUGUGAGCGUUGGGAAGGAGCAGGAUCAGAUCUCAUUGUUUGAUAGAGUGACAAGAGCUGAGACAGUGAUUCAAGCUGGAAACAUGGUUACCUCGUUCUGUCUUUCGAGUGACAACAAGUAUCUUUUAGUGAAUCUAGUUGCAGAGGAGAUACACCUUUGGGAUAUUGUUGGUGAGCCAGGGAAGGUUGGGGAGUUCAUUGGUCACAAGCGUACUAGGUUUAUUAUCAGGUCUUGCUUUGGUGGAUAUAGAGAAAAAUUCAUCGCUAGUGGAAGUGAGGAUUCUAAGGUAUACAUAUGGAAAACAGAAUCUGAGAUGAGACCUUGUUUGGUAUUGUUAGGACAUGGAAGAGCUGUGAACUGUGUUGAUUGGAACCCAACUGAUCUUCAUAUGUUGGCUUCAGGGAGUGAUGAUAGAACCAUCCGGGUUUGGGGACUUGAAUGA